AUGAAGGGACUGCGUAACCGGGCAGCAACUGGAAUGGCACUGUUCUUGGCAGCAUCCUUCUUAUCUUGCUGCUGGAGUGCACCUCAGGCUCAUUUCCAAAGGAGAAACUGGACUCCUCAGGCUAUGCUCUAUUUGAAGGGUGCACAGGGACGUCGAUUCAUCUCAGAUGAGAGCCAACAAAAGGAUCUGUAUGACAGAAUGCAGCUUGAAACACGCAGCCAAAACACAAAUCCUUUGACUCUUUCUGAAGCUGCAGCACUGUUCCUCAGCUCCUUACGGAAAGCACAAGAAGUUGAAGAAGAAAAUAGUGAUCACCAUGGCUACUUGACAGAUAAUCUAUCAGAUUGGUGAAAUAUUUCAAAUUUCUUUAACAUUUAUAUUGCAUAUACCCUGAAAUAAUGAUUUGUGUAAGUAGAGUAUUUAAUCCAUCCUCACCUAAACUCCCAAAAAGCGUCAUAUAUACUCAUUGCAACAUUUUGAAUGCAAACUGAUUACAAGUUACUAGU